UACAUGUGUAUUUCUUCUUUUUAUAUCUAAUAAAAACAUACUUUAAGAAAACCCCUCUAUACAAAAGUUGUGCAAAAUUAGGGUACAGAUUCAGAGUGAGAAGCGCCCAUCGAAGAUGAAGAGAAUUCCUUUGAGUUACUGCUCCAAUGGUAUCCCUUUUCUCUCUUUCUUUACUAAUUCCAUUUCUGGUUCGGCAUUUACAGUUGUUAGACCUUAUUCUUCAUCCCAUACUAAUACAGUAAACGAGAAUGUCAAGUGUUUAGAUGAUGCUGUUAUUGUCUUCCAUCAAAUGGUUAGGAUGAAGCCUCUUCCUCCUGUUGUAUGCUUCGCUAAAUUACUUAAAACUAUAAUAAACAUGAAGCAUUACUCUCCUGUCAUUUCUCUUUUUCGAGAAAUGCAGAAAUUGGGUAUCCCAAUUGACGGAUUCAUUUUGAAUAUCGUGAUUAACAGCUAUUGCCUGAUGCAUCGUGCUGAUUGUGGGUUUUCGGUGUUACCCAUUUACCUCAAGAAGGGUAUUCCAUUUGAUACCGUCACCUUUAACACCCUAAUAAGGGGAAUCUUUGCUGAAAAUAAGGUCAAAGAUGCUGUUGAAUUGUUCAAAAAUUUGGUGAGAGACAAGAUUUGUGAACCUGAUGAAGUCACAUAUGCAACCGUAAUGAAUGGGCUCAGCAAAAGGGGGUAUACUCAGAAGACUUUAAGUUUGCUACGGUUAAUGGAACAGGGGAACACUAAGCCCAACAUAUUUAACUACAACAUUGUCAUAGAUGCCCUUUGCAAAGAUGGGAACUUAGAUGCUGCUAUCAACCUUAUGAACGAGAUGAAGCAGAAAGGCAUUCUUCCAGACAUAGUCACGUAUAAUUCAUUGAUUGAUGGUUUGUGUAAGCUUGGUCAGUGUGAUAAGGUUAGGACUUUGUUCUCUGAGAUGGCCGUGAACCUUAAUAUUUAUCCAGAUGUGCACACCUUCAACAUAGUGAUAGAUGGACUAUGUAAAGAAGGGAAAGUCGCAGAUGCCGAGGAAGUAAUGAAACUCAUGGUGGGAAAAGGUGUAGAGCCCGAUAGAUUCACCUACAAUGCGAUAAUGCAUGGAUAUUGUUUGCGUGGUCAACUUGAUGGAGCGAGGAGAAUUUUUGAUUCCAUGAUAGAUAAGAACAUUGAGCCUGACAUUAUUAGCUAUAGCAUACUAAUAAAUGGAUAUUGCAAGAAAACGAAAGUGGAUGAGGCAAUGCAAUUGUUUCGUGAAAUUUCUCAAAAGGGAUCAAAGUCUAAUAUUGUUACCUACAAUACUAUGUUGCAAGGUCUGUUUAAAGUUGGAAGAAUUGGCGAUGCGGAAAAAAUUUAUGCCGGGAUGCUAUCUACGGGCCCCACACCUAAUAUAUACACACAUAGCACUUUGCUCAAUGGUUAUUUUAAGUACGGGCUUGUUGAAGAAGCUAUGUCACUCUUUAUAAAGUUGGAAAGAAAGGGAGAAGAUAUUGAUAUUACACUUUACAAUGUUGUCAUUAAUGGAUUGUGCAAAAAUGGUAAACUCGACGAAGCUCAUGCUGUUUUUGAGAAGCUUUCUUUCAUUGGAUUGCUUCCGAAUGUGAGAACAUACAAUGUAAUGAUAAAUGGAUUUUGUCUUAAAGGGUUGUUUGAUGAAGCUAAAGAUAUUCUUAGAAAAAUGGAAGACAAAGGUUGCUUUCCAAACAAUCUCACUUACAAUGUUAUUGUGCAAGGAUUUCUCAGGUGCAACAGAAUUAGCGAAAUGGCAUCUUUCAUGAAGGAAAUGGUUGGAAGGGGCUUCUCAUUUGAUGCAACUACAACUGGGUUUUUGGUAAAUGUUAUAAGGGAGAAUCCUUCCGUCCUCGAUAUGAUACCAGAGCUUCGCUCGGAAAAAAACCAGUGACCAUUUCUUUCACUUGGUUUAUUUGCCUAUACUGCCACUAUUAUACAAUUUCCUUCUUACCCCUACAAAAGAGACGACACUCAAUGCAUUUGCAGUAGCCGAAACAAUUGCAGUCAGAGCGUUGCUUGAGCUUUCCAGAUACUUGUUGUGGAGGGAAAUAGACCACUGCAACUCUCAUUUUUCGUUGGUGUUUUUUAACUCUUUGGAAUUUGAAGAUGUGAAUGAAUUGCUGCUGAAAUUGGAGGCUAUCUCUCAAUGAUCAGGUCUCUGACUCACUGGUGGAAAUUUCAGAAAGACGGCAAGUUUAUUGUCGAAGUAUGUUAUCUUUUGGGGAAUAUGGGAAGCAUUCAGAAGGACUUGCCAUGGAGAACAGUUUGGAAGACAAUUGCACCCCUGAGGGAGACAUGUUUCACUUGGAUCGCUACUCCCCUAUCUUGUUCUGUGCAGCAGAUGCUUUUUGUGUGAAAGUGCCAAUGAAUCAGUAAAUCAUCCACUGCUUCACUGCACCUUCAGUAAAUAGAUCUGGACUAUGUUUCGUGCUAUUUUUGGUGUCCAAUGGAUCAUACCAGGAUGCAUUAAACUUGCACUAAGCAGCCUGAGGGACAAUGAACACUACACAAUUGCUGUACAAAAACCUUGCCUUAGACACGUCUGAGUAGGCCAAAAACCUUCCGGAGUACCAUUAACAGUGAUAGAAUACUUAUUCAGUGUUAUGGCUCCUUUGGGAUAUGGAGCCAAAAAUUAUAUUCUUGAAAUUUCUCAUAACUCUUUUGGGAUUAUGGUAGUGUCUACGGGGUUUCAAAAUGCUUUCUUUUGUGUAUAGGAAUUCAAGAGAUGGUUUUUCA